GAGACUUAGAGAGUGCUGCACAAAGACAUCCAAAGAGAAAUUAGCAACGCAUUAAAUAAAUAUGGAAAGCGUUGAGAAGGAUACAGAGAGAUUAACAGCAGAAACGGAGCUUAAGAACUCCUCCAUCCUCAUCAGAAUCCGGCAACGCUUGCUAGACAUUUUACUGUCAGUUAAGCUCAAAUAUGUCAAAUUGGGAAAUGGGUACUCAUGCAACUCUGCCACUACUCUUAUGUUACUCGUAAUUCUGCCCCUGUUUAUUUCCAUUGCCAUUCAGCUGUCCGGUUUCAAACUCUUCCGGGUGUCCGAGUUACUGCCGACCACAAGAUUUCAAUAUGGGAUUAAUGCAACUACAACCAUAGCCAGUCUGAUGUCUAUAUUUCUCCUUGGCCUUUACUGUUCCAAGCGAUCUACACCGGUUUAUCUGGUGGAGUUUGCCUGUUACAAACCGGAGGAUGUGAGGAAGAUGACAGUGGACAGCUUCCUGGAGAUGAGUGCAGAGAGCGGUGCCUUUCAAGAGGAUGCCCUUAAGUUUAUGUCCAAAGUUGCUAAACGAGCUGGUCUUGGCGAUGAAACCUACUUCGCGAGAGGAAUUACUUCUCGGCCGCCGAAUUUGUGUCUUGAUGAAGCUCGCUACGAAGCCGAGACUGUAAUAUUCGGUGUACUCGAUGCUCUGUUCGAGAAAACCGGCUUGGAUCCGAGUCAAAUAGGAAUUCUAAUCGUCAACUGUAGCUUAUUCAAUCCCAUACCAUCGCUGUCGGCCAUGAUUGUGAACCACUACAAGCUUCGAACCGACAUUAAAUGCUAUAAUCUCAGUGGGAUGGGCUGCAGCGCAAGCCUUACCUCGAUCACGCUAGCUAAGGGCUUUCUCAAUGCAUACCCUAACACGUAUGCGGUUGUUGUGAGCACCGAAAGUAUAACCCUAAAUUGGUACUUCGGCAACGACCGAUCGAUGCUGAUUAGCAAUUGUCUAUUUCGAAUGGGAGGAGCAGCGGUGCUGUUAUCGAACAAGCACGGCGAUCGAUCCCGAUCAAAAUACGAGUUAAUUCACAUGAUUAGGACUCACAAAGGGGCUGACGACAAAAGCUACAAUUGCGUUUAUCAGAAAGAGGACGACAAGGGGAAAAUGGGGGUUUCACUCGCACGAGAAUUAAUGGCGAUUGCAAGUGAAGCAUUAAAGACUAACAUUACGACUCUAGGUCCUUUGGUACUACCAUUUUCAGAGCAAAUCACCUUCUUCCUAUCGAUGAUGAAAAAGAAAGUGCUGAAAUCGAAGGUGAAACCCUACGUACCUGAUUUUAAGCUCGCUUUCGAGCAUUUCUGUAUCCACGCCGGCGGAAGAGCAGUGAUGGACGCUGUGCAGAAGAAUCUCGAAUUGAGUGACUGGCACAUCGAACCCUCGAGGAUGACAUUGUACCAAUUCGGGAAUACAUCGAGCAGCUCGUUGUGGUACGAAUUAGCAUAUACAGAAGCAAAGAAUCGUGUCUCAAAAGGCCACCGGAUCUGGCAGGUGGCGUUCGGAGCGGGAUUCAAGUGUAACAGUGCGGUUUGGAAGGCUCUGCGAGAACUUCCGGCGACCGAGUGCGGCCGAGUUAACCCAUGGAUCGACUCAAUUGAAAAUUUCCCGGUCAGGGUUCCUGUUGAAUAAUAAUAGCGUCCUUAAUGCAGAGAGUUUCCAUAUAUCCACGUGGGAGAUUAUAAGUGGAUGUGGGACCUCUCUCUCAAAGGGGAAAAACAUUUUAUUUAUUUGUCUUUUCUUCCAACAAUUUAG